GCGCGGAAGCGGCGGCCGGGCAGCCAUGUCGCCUUUGUCUGCGGCGCGCGCGGCCCUGCGGGUCUACGCGGCGGGCGCGGCGGUGGUGGUGGCGCAGCUGCUGCGCCGCUGCCGCGGGGGCUUCGCGGAACCAGUUUUCCCUCGACAACCGGAACGUGUUGCCGUGGUGACCGGAGGGACAGAUGGCAUCGGCUAUGCUACGGCCAAGUACCUGGCGAGACUCGGCAUGCAUGUUAUCCUAGCUGGAAAUAAUGACAGAAAAGCCGAAGAAGCCGUGAGGAAGAUAAAAGAGGAAACGCUGAAUGAGAAAGUGGAAUUUCUAUAUUGCGACCUGGCGUCCAUGACGUCUAUCCGGCAGUUCGUCCAGAACUUCAAGAUGAAGAAAAUCCCCCUCCAUGUCCUGGUCAAUAAUGCGGGAGUGAUGAUGGUCCCUCAGAGGACAACCAAGGACGGGUUUGAGGAGCACUUCGGCCUGAACUACCUGGGACACUUCCUGCUCACCCACCUCCUCCUGGACACCCUGAAAGCAUCGGGCUCCCCCGGGCGCUGCGCCAGAGUGGUGACAGUAUCAUCGGCCACGCAUUACGUCGGCGAGCUGAACUUGGACGACCUCCAGGGCAGCACCUCGUACUCCCCGCACGGCGCCUACGCCCAGAGCAAGGUGGCCCUCGUCCUGUUCACCUACCGGCUGCAGCACCUGCUGGCGGCCCAGGGCAGCCACGUCACCGCCAACGUAGCCGACCCCGGCGUGGUCGACACGGACCUCUACAAGCAUCUCUUCUGGGGCACACGGCUGCUCAAGAAGCUGUUUCACUGGUGGCUUUUCAAGACCCCGGAUGAAGGAGCCUGGACCUCUGUGUACGCAGCUGUCACCCCGGCCCUGGAAGGGGUUGGCGGCCGCUACCUUUACAACGAGAAAGCGACCAAGUCGCUGGCGCUCACAUACGACCGGGAACUUCAGCGACAGCUGUGGUCCAGAAGCUGCCAGAUGACCGGCAUCCCGGACGGGACCGGGGACGCCGACUAGGCGUAGCUGCUGCAUCAGGAAGGCAAUGCCUUCAGCCCCCCAAAACCCAGUCCGUGAAGGACCCCGUGUCUGCAUUUUUCCCAGAGUCUCCUGUUGGCCCCCCUGCCUGGGGCAGGGAGUCAGGGAGUGAGAGAUACGUUGCUUGUAACCCCGCAGGUGGUCCUCAGCUGUGCAUCCUUGAUCCCAAAGUGUCAAAUUGUUACAGGUGCAUCAAUAAUUAAACCUUGCCACGCA